AUGAUGCGUGCGGAAGUUAGGUCGACCAAUUCGAGGCGAGACGAGCCCAGCCAUUACGAUACGGGCACGUCUUGCGCUAUCACAAUUCAAAUGCCGAAUCCAGAAGCAGUUGGUUGCGUGGAGAGAUUCGCUACGUUGAUGUCACUUCUUCUCGUCAUCAUUACGUUCCCGUUUUCACUGUUUGAAUGUUUUAAAGUGGUCCAAGAAUUUGAAAGAGCAGUGAUAUUUCGUCUAGGAAGACUUCGAAAAGGUGGCGCACGAGGUCCCGGUCUUUUCUUCGUUCUUCCGUGUAUAGACACCUAUAGAAAAGUGGAUUUGAGGACUGUGUCAUUUGAUGUGCCCCCACAAGAGGUUCUAACAAGAGACUCAGUGACGGUAGCCGUCGAUGCUGUAGUUUAUUACAGAAUCAAAGAACCAUUAAAUGCCGUCGUUAGAGUUGCUGAUUACAGUGCUUCUACAAGGCUUCUAGCAGCUACAACAUUAAGGAAUGUACUCGGCAUGCGAGAUCUCGCUCAACUGCUAUCAGAUAGAGAAGCUAUAAGCCACAUGAUGCAAGCCAACUUGGAUGAAGCCACUGAUCCUUGGGGUGUGGAAGUGGAGAGAGUUGAAAUUAAAGACGUUCGACUACCAGUGCAAUUGCAGCGUGCUAUGGCAGCGGAGGCGGAAGCAGAUCGUGAAGCAAGAGCGAAGAUUAUCGCUGCUGAAGGUGAAAUAAAAGCCUCUCGGGCGUUGAAAGAAGCCUCACUAGUCAUGAUAGAUAAUCCGAUGGCACUGCAGUUACGAUAUCUACAAUCACUGAACACAAUAUCUGCUGAGAAGAACUCGACGAUCAUAUUUCCGUUUCCUAUGGAUUUCUUGAGGAGUUUCAUGAGCAGCGGAGCAGGAAAUAGCAUGCCACAUUCUCCCCUCCCUAUUUGA